AUGGUGAUCAACUUGAGUCUUGAUUGUGAAAGUUUGAAGAAAACAUUAGAUAUAUACAUAUUGGACUCCGAAGUUGAAGAGAUUGUGAAGACUUUAGAAGUUAACAAUUCCACAAAGAAGGAUGUUUCUCAAGUCUCCUUAUCUCAUUCUCCAAACAAGAUGCCCCCUUCCAUAAUCCAACCACCCACACUUGAAUCGAAAGUCUUGCCUAGCCAUUUGAAGUACGUUUAUCUAGGUCAAGACGAAACUCUUCCGGUGAUUAUUUCCUCUCAAUUGAAAGACUUUGAAGAAGAUCAAUUGGUUGAAGUCUUGAAAAAACAUAAAGAGGCAAUGGGAUGGACAAUAACGGACAUUAAAGGGAUAAGUCCUAAUGUAUGCACUCACAAGAUCCUCAUGGAAGAUGAUUGUAAGCCUAGAAAAGAAGCUCAAAGAAGAUUAAAUCCUCCCAUGAUGGAAGUUGUUAAGAAAGAAAUAAUCAAACUCCUUGAUGCCACGGAUAAAAGUGGUGUUGAAAACCUAGUUGCAGAUCACUUAAGUCGGUUGAAUAUCGGUGAUUCUUCUUCUUCCAUCCUUGAUGAAUUCCCGGAUGAACACCUCUUCUACAUUUCAAACACAAUUCCAUGGUAUGCAGAUAUUGUGAAUUACUUGGUUACGAAAGAAAUUCCCCAUGCGUUUACCAAGCACCAAAAGGCCAAGUUGAAGAGUGAUUCCAAAUACUACGUAUGGGACGACCUUUAUAUUUGGAAACACUGUCUGGAUCAACUAAUACGGAGGUGUGUUCACCAAAAUGAGGUCGAGUCUAUCUUGAAGUUUUGCCAUGAGUAUGCAUGCGGAGGACAUUUUGGUCAAAACAAAACCAUGCGAAAGGGAAUCGAUUUCAUGGGCCCUUUCCCCGUCUCUUUCAGAUACACUUAUAUACUCUUGGCGGUUGAUUAUGUAUCAAAGUGGGUGGAAGCAAAGGCUACAAGGCAUGAUGAUUCUAAAACUGUAAUUGACUUCUUGAAGUCAAACAUUUUCGCAAGAUAUGGUGUACCGAGAGCUUUGGUGAGUGAUAGGGGCACUUAUUUUUGCAAUAAAAUGAUGGAAUCCAUGAUGAAGAGAUAUGGUAUCACACACUGGAUAUCAAACACUUAUCAUCCACAAACAAACAGCCAAGCCGAAGUGUCAAAUCGAGAAGUCAAACAAAUUCUUGAAAAGACGGUCAACACCACACGAAAAGUUUGGAGCUUGAAGUUAGAAGAUGCAUUGUGGGCGUAUCAGACCGCCUACAAAACCCCUAUUGGUAUGUCUCCAUUCUACCUCGUCUAUGGAAAGUCUUGUCAUUUACCGGUGGAAUUUGAACACAAGGCAUAUUGGGCAGUUAAAAAGUGUAACUUCAAUAUCGAAGAAACCGGGAAGCACCGAAAGAUGCAAUUGCAAGAAAUCGAAGAGUUGAGGAACGAGUCUUAUGAAAAUGCAAGCAUCUACAAAGAUAAGACAAAAGCAUUUCAUGACAAGCAAAUCACUUGUAAGCAUUUUAUUCCAGGGCAAAAAGUUCUUCUUUAUCAUUCACGCUUAAAGCUAUUCCCUAGAAAGUUGCGAUCUCGAUGA